AUGGAUAAGUUCAUUUUCGGUUGUCCUUCGUUUUCAUUUCUCAGUGAGAAGCGUCAAAUAAAUAUAUUGCAAUUAAAUUACGAUUGUUAUUCCGAAAUAUUUUCAUAUUUAACUAAACUCGAGGAUAAAUUGAACUUUGCCCGUGUCCAUCCACAAUUUCGUGAGGUUUUGGCAGGGCAAUUGCCACAACGUUAUGCCACAAUCCAAAGGAGCAUGCUGAAAACCAUUCCCGACUGGGAAUUCUUUCUAGAAUUAUGCGGAGAGAAAGUGCUUAAAUGUGAACUACUAUACGGAGGCUAUGGCGAUUCCAUAACCAGCGAAUUUAUUGGCCUCUUGAAGUUGUAUUGCCCUAGUCUAUGGCAUAUAAUGGUAUUAUUUGUGGACUCCGAGAUCGAAGUUGGAGCCAUUUAUGUGGAUAUAUUGGUAUUACUGAGACAACUUGAGGGUUUAAAGAGUUUGACCCUAACAGAUGCCAAAGCCAAUCAAAUCAACAGUCAGUUGCAACAUUUUGAAAAUUUGGAAACUUUGGAUCUAGAUGGUCUUGAUAUACAUCUAUCUGAUGAUGAUUUCCUUCAGUUGUUCCAUUCCAAAGAUAAAUUGCGGCAAUUGUCCAUUCGAUUUGGCCGGGGUAUCAAUAAAUGUGGCCUAAUUAAUGAAUUACCCAAAUAUUGCCCAAACCUGGAACACUUGACUCUGGAAAGAUUUGCUUUAACUUUCGAAGAUCUGGGUGUGUUUCAUAAGCUGAGAGCAUUGCAUCUGAUAUUACGUGUCUAUCUCGAUAUGAAUGAUAAUCUAUAUAGAUAUAUAGCUGCUAACUAUAUAGAACGUUUGGAACAUUUGGAAUUGAAAGCGAUAAAGGUCAAAUCCCAUCAGCUACCACAUAUAGUUAAACUGAGAAAGUUAAAGGCAUUCGCUUGCUACAAAUGGCCAAGUGAAUUUCUCCAGGAAUUGGGUCAGUUGAUACAUUUGGAAUGCUUAUCUCUAAGAUGCUGUGAAUCGGUUAAAGAAAUGUCCGAACAACUAAUGGCUAUAAUCAUAAAUUGUCCACAUCUUGAACACUUGAAACUGGGCAAACAUAUAGCCAUGUCGAUGAAGGAAUUGGAAAAAUUCAUUAGCAAUUUAAAAACCUUACGACUUAAUGCUAAAAAUACAUUUCUCCUGAGUUUGGAAUUUGUCCAUUCCUUGGAAUGGCAAGAGAAGUUAAGUGAUCUGACUAGAAAUCUAAAUAAUUUUACAUUAACAUUUCAUGAAGUCAAUUGUCAGCAUUGUCAAACGGAUGCCCAUUCCCAUUUUGAGUGACUUACCUCACAAUGAUUACGCUCUAGGGCGACAGUUAGUGUUAAGAUCCAAUUAUUAUAUGGGAUUCCCCGUUCUGUAAACUCUUCACGUUUCAUUUUAUAGAUCAAAUUAUCAUCAUCAUCAUUGUGCCAUGUCUGUGCAUUCAUUAUAACCAUGGCCAGAGGUACAUAAGUAUCCAAUUUGAAAUCAAAUUCGGAAUGCCAUAAAAUGCAUGUCGUAUAUGUGGAAUCUAAGAGAUAUUCUUUAGCUAAUGGCCAAUUGAAAUCUAUAUGUAGUUUAUAGGUGUUUAUAGUAGCUUCAGUUAGUCUAAUUUAUGCUUACCAAGAUAAGUUAGCACUGUUGACCAGUAAGUAGCCAAUACCAACAUGUUGAAUGGUUUCAACAAAGUGCCCAAAAGAUUUUCUCUUCUAUUUAUAUAAAUUAUUUUAACAUAGGGCUGGGGAUUUUGUAAAUACUUUUAAUAUAUUUUUUUUUUACUAAAUUUAAGAUGUUUUAGGGGGGAAAACCAAUUACUUAACGUAAUAAACUUCUUAAGAUUCUUUGCAUUUGUAUUAUAUUUUAUAUAUAGGAUCAAUGUAUUAAGUAACAUCUUUUUAAACAUUUUUCCAGCCCUAAACGAUUUGAAUGAUUUUUGCCCUAUUAACUGCAUGCAUUUUGUUUUGUAAAUUUCUGUGCAAAUCAUCAAUUGGG